CUCCCGAAACUUCGUCGUGUUGGCAUCGGCGGUGUAUUCGCCGGAGAGAAAAACCAGGAGGAAAAAGAAGCAGCAGCAGCAAAAAGAAGACGACAUUACUGCGGUGGUGUCGAGUACAGAGAAAGGGCUGAGAUUAGUGUUCAUGGAGGAGCUGAUGGUGCGCGCUCGCAAUCGGGACGUCGCCGGAGUUUCCGAAAUCAUCUACGACAUGAUUGCCGCCGGACUUAGCCCUGGUCCUCGCUCGUUUCAUGGUCUUAUUGUUUCCUAUGUGCUUAACGGCGACGGCCAGGGAGCUGUAAGUUCUCGUACACAUUGUUUUUCCAAGUUGCUUUCUUUGCCAUUCGAUUUUCUAUUGCAUUAUGUAGAUUGA